AUGAGUUGCAUGUUUUUAACGACUUCCUACACGACGACAUUCGCUUUUGACCGGCCCCACCAUACGCUCAUCUUUGCGUCCUUUCUUUCGGGUGUAUCGCUCUUGGUUUUAAGCAGAUUCGAUAUCACUAUUCCACGCAUACCCCAACCGCAGCACAAAUACACUGCCAUCCCUCUCGCCGAACGCGUUGAUCAACCAUCGGGAGAGGCGCCUCUUUCGCCCAGCAGUCCGAUCAGGGAUUUCUUCCUUACAAAAUCGGGUAACCGGAGAUGGUGGACCAAGAUUGCCUUGAUUUCGAUGCUUGGCUGGAUAAGGGUAGAGUUGUAUCGCCAGGUGACCGUUAAGAUUGAGUGCGCGCCAGUCGGAUACGCAUACGCGAUACCGUUCCUCGUUUCAAUCUACGAUUAUUGGCGCAAUCAACGAUCUCGUUCAAUCCCAGAAGGCUCGGACACUGAUUCAGAAAUCUCUCUCAAUGCGCGAAUUCGCACACUGGCCAUCAUUGUCCGACGUGUACACGCCGUUUUCUGUCAGAGUCGCAUGCGAUACGUCAUAUCGGCCACUUUUCUCAUGAUUGGCGGAUUAGUGGCAUCGGAGUUUCAAGAAGGCAUACAGUCGACUUAUAUCUGUCCAAUCAGUUCGGGCCAAUAUGCCCUACUGCGGUUCAUCGGGAUUUUGAGUGUCUUGCUUGACUCGGUGAUCUUGAUUAGUGUGAGCGAACUGUUUUGGGAGAGCACUCGGCCUCGAGAAGGCAGAAAUAAACAUUUUCUGGUCUCCUGCGGUUUUGGCCUAAUUGGAAUUGCUGCUUUUUGGACCUUGAUCGCAAUCAUUCUCGCCAUUCGGGCCAGCGAUCAGAAUGACGGCUUUGUCAUCUCUCAUUACUUGCCAAGCGCAUUCAAUCAAAGUCUGCUGAUGACGCUCCUUGUGCUUUCCACUUCUCAGCUUAUACCGUUUUACGGCAUAAUUGGAAUUUCCAUCCUAGCCGGGUUCGUUGUCGGUUGCUUCACGCUGACCGCCACAUUGUUCGAUGGGCAAGAACCCUUUCCAUUGAUCUAUCCGUCACAUGCUUUCGCGUCCCUUCUUGCUAUCUUUCUUGGGGGUGUCUUGUAUUUGUGUGGCCGUAUGGCAUCCAACGAAGAACCGCCUUUCUUAUACAGAGCAAAUAUUGUGAUGCGAGUGGUGUUCUCGGCACUUUUUGGCAUUGGCAUCAUCCUGGUCGCCAGUCAGCCGGUGUUGACGAACCUCCAUACGAUCGAGCUGCUGAUCUAUGAGAACAUAAAACAUCAUGACGCAUGGUCUUCUCAGGCCAAAAGCAGCAAAAGUCUUGCCGAUGCUGUUGCGAACUAUCGCAAACGAUAUAAUCAGCAUCCUCCACCGGGCUUUGAUAAAUGGUACGAAUACGCCAACAGUAGGUCUUCCGUUGUGAUUGAUGAAUUUGAUCAAAUCCAUAUGGAUCUUCUCCCGUUUCGUGCAUUGUCUCCCGCGAGACUCCGAGACCUAACGCGCGACUUGGCCACAAACCCAUUCAACGACAUUGGGGCUAUCAGUAUUAGAAAUGGCACGCCCAGAGUACAAGAGGGGAUCAAACCAACUCAUGCCUGGAUGGUCCUGGGUGCUGCCAAAAUGCUCGAGAACUUCUCUCAAUAUUUACCCGACAUGGAUCUGGCUUUCAACCUAAACGACGAGCCACGCGUGGCCGUGCCCUGGGAGGAGGCAUCCAAGUUGGAGACGGAAGCAAAAUCUCAUGGCCAGGCUCCCGAUAACAGCGUAUUGACCGUAUGGUCGGCGGACCGUGGCAUGCAAUGGGCUCCUAUAGAGCCAGCGGAUCAAACGACCGAGACGGUGUUUACAGAUAGCUCCAUACAACCUAUUUUCGACCGAUAUAUACGCCCGCUAUGUCCUCCGUCGUCGAAAGCUCGGUCGAAACGGAUCUGGGACCGGCGUCACAUUUGCCUGGACUGUGUGCGGCCGCAUUCGAUGGGUCAGUUUCCCCUAGAUGCGAACAGCAUGACCGACGUAUGCCAUCAACCAGACCUUGCAUCGCUUCACGGGCUUUUCAUUUCUCCUGCAUCCUUCAAAGUAUCCCAAGUCUUGACGCCCGUUUUCAGCCAGAGCAAGGUGUCCGGAUUCAAUGAUAUCUUGUUUCCUAGCCCGUGGAACUAUGUGGAUAAGAUCAAGUACGAGCCGUCUGAUGAGUAUCCCGACCAGGAGUACGAAAAGAAGGAGAACACGCUUUUCUGGAUUGGCAGCACAUCGGAGGGAGUGAGCCGCUCAGGGGAAUGGAAGGGAAUGCCUCGCCAACGAUUUGCGCACCUCAUCAACAACAAUACUCAGAGCCACGUAUCGGUCUUGCUGCCCGUUGAAGGUACCGAUAGCUAUCGGUAUGAGGUCCUAGACGGCUCGGCGCCGACAAAUCUCCUCGGACUGAACACCGCCGUUAACCUCCUGAAUCCUAUUCGAUGUGGCUCGGAUUGCGAGGCGCAGAAGGAAGAGCUGGGCGCCGCCGCGUCCACGGUAGAUUUCCAGAGUCACUGGAAGUAUCGGUAUCUGUUUGACCUAGACGGCGCGGGCUUCAGUGGUCGAUUUCUUCCGUUUUUACAGAGUCACAGCCUGCCCUUCAAGACUGGCUUGUUUCGACAGUGGUUAGACCGGCGGGUUACUCCCUGGCUCCACUAUGUUCCCAUUGAUGUCCGUCUGCACGGAGUUUGGAGCACCCUGGCCUACUUUGCCAAAUUCGACGUGCCAGUCACGGGGGACCCCAACCGUCAGCCCAAAGACUUGACGCAGCGACACGAUGCUCGAGGCAAGUAUAUUGCCGAAGAAGGACGCAAGUGGGCCGAGAAGGCCCUGCGGAAGGAGGACAUGGAGAUCUACUUCUUCCGCCUGCUGUUAGAGUGGGGCCGACUGACGGAUGAUAAUAGAGAUAUGCUUGGGUUUAAGAUGUGA